UAACAGACCUAUUGUCUUUCUCAGCGUUAAACAGAGUAUCAAACAAUCCUAUUUAAAUACCGUCGAUUGCGAAACGGAUGGACGGCUUCUAUCCAAGGGUUAGAAGUGGACUAAAUGGCUAAAAUAUUCUGGAUGCCCUAAUAUGGACUCUUCUAAUGAUGACGAGAAAGAAAAGCUGAAAAAUAAAGAUUUGGCGAAAGCCCCACAAAAGCCGCUACAAACCUUACCAGAAGAACCGAGCGACCUUAAAAGUCCAGACGAGGUUCUCACGCCCACUAAUCUGAAGGCUGACUUAGCAGCGAACGAAAUAUUAUUGACUUGGGGACCACCACAGGGUCUGAAAGGGCACCAGGUCUCAUACGAGGUAGAAUGGAAGAAGACGACGGAUACAACCUGGUCAAAGGCUGUGACCAAGGAAAAUAGGUUCCUCUUAAAAAACUUGGCAGCAGAGACGGACUACGAUAUGAAAGUGUCCGCGUAUGAGAGGACCAUAGAACCUCCCCCUCCUGAGGAGGAACCAGAAGAAAAAGAGAAAAAGCUAUUCGAGAAGAUGACAUUAUUUCCAGAGGGUUCGACUGUAAGCCAAGCAGGAAGUGAACUGGAGGCAUUUACAGAGAGAACGAAAGAAAUUUCAAAACUAUUGGCUGAACUUGAGAGAACAUUGGCGUUUCAAAAACGUAUCAACAAAGGUGAAAAAAUACCGAAGCAUCUAGAAUCGAAACUCCACCUAGAUGUCCUAAAACCAGUGAGAAGGAAAAAUUGUCCUAAAAGAAUUCUUUUGGUAAUUUCUAAUGAGAUGUUUACAAGAUCCCCUCAACUUUCAGCAGCUACAAAAGUUCAAAGCGAAAUUACUCGAUUGUUUGAACGCGAUUGGAAAGUCGAAGGCGAUCAUGUGAGGAAAAUAAAAAAUGGAACAAGGGCGACAAUUCUGAACGAAAUUGACAAGCUUCGCCAGAGACUUGAUUUUUAUAAUCACAAAAUGUUUAUUUGCAUCAUCCUUAGUUACGGAAGUAUAGAAGGCUUCAGGACAAUGGACGAAGAAGUGAUAGAUUAUCAGGAAAUAUUCUCCAUGUUAAAUGGAGCAAACUGGGUGCAAUUCAGUGAAAAGCCUAAAUUUUUCUUCAUUGAUGUUCAUCCAAUUAAAACAGAAAAAACUGGUCAAUACCCUCAGGAUGUCCAUGUCAACGAACUGUCACAAGAAGAAUUGGAAGUCACGUGGCAACCCCCAAAAUCUUUUCCAACCACUGACCUGAACUAUCUCGUGAAUUGUUAUAGUUUAAGUGACCAGAGGAUUCAUACAAAAACUCAUGAAAUAAUUGCCAAGAAAACUAGCUGUGUCCUCGACAAACUCCAAAAAGAUGUGACAUACAAGAUAAGUGUGUGGUCCAUACAGGCUACGACCCAGAAGAAGCGAGGACUACCCACGCAAACUAAGUACAUCAUCAAAGAAAAAGGUGAGGAACCUGAAAAGUUAACGGCAGUCUCCACUUCAUACGAUUCCAUUACGAUAUAUUGGCCUCUGUCAUUGGAAGGCAGACAGCCGCCUUAUUUUGCAAAAUACAAAGAAAAGUCAGCAAGCAACUUCAAAAGAACUGAGCUGCUUCUAAAUGAAAGCGAGGAGAAUCAAAUUCACGUUCUGAACUUUUUACUUAGUAAUAAGGAAUAUGUAAUAAGAAUAUUUGCAGGGAGAUCGAAAAUUUUGAAUGAAGUGACCGUCAAAACGUUAUCAAAACAUCAGCCUCGAGGACUUUCAUUGAAACAUAUAACCCCAUUUGAGAUUCAGCUGGCUUGGGAUCCUCCAAACAUCUCGAUCAGAAAGACUUACAAGUACAUCAUCUCGUAUCAAUCAAAGAAUGCCCCUAUAAGUACCAUUGAGACGAGAAAAGAAGAGUAUACUCUGACGGAGAUGAUACCCGAUGUAGUGUAUACUAUAUGGGUAACGGCUGAAAAAGAUGGCAUUAAAGGCGAUCCAACCGAUUCUAUAGAGUGUCAUACUCCAAGAUGUGGUCCCCAGAACUUACAGAUAGAUGCCCACGAGCGCGGCAUCCGCGUGUACUGGGAUGAGGCCAUUGUGCCAGCAGACACCGAGAGUCUUAAUUAUAGAGCCCGCCUCCAAAAUGAAAAUAUGCGACCAAUGGAAGCUGAGAUCAUUAGUACUCCUGAUGCCAAAUAUAGUUACGCUUGUUAUUUCCGGGAUCUAUGGACUGACACACAGUAUACCCUAGUCAUCACCACAGUCAUAGAUGAAGGAGAUUGGGAUCCGCCCACGGAACUACAGAUCAAGACCAGGCGAGAUCCACGCACGAGUGAUCUUGAACCCCAUGACAAUAAUUUCAUGGUAGCCUACUCGAGCACACUUGGGAUGGAAGUUGGAGAGAAAAGACAAGGGGGGAUAUUUUUACCAGUCCUGUUUGAAAAUUUAAGAGAUCACUAUGACUCGAAAAAUAUCGUAGAAAUAAUGGAUAUUGUAGAAGAGGAAGUUCAGAACCGAAGUGCAGUAACAGGAAGAAUAAAAAAGGUCGUGACAGUCAACUCACUGCUAUCUCGACCCAGAUUCUAACAUACCGUUAACACGUCAUAGGUCAAUAAAGACGAUUUUAAUGGAGAACUACACAUGUAUCAAUCUAUCAAAUGGUUUGUUCAACACAAGGUUAACAACGUUUCUGAUACAUAAAAUCAUUACCUGUAUCAUAUUUCUCUUUCACAUGAUAUAUCAUUCAUAAGAUCAUAAAAGACGUUUCUGUUCCACAUGAUAUUAUUUGUUUACUAUUGCAUGGAUUUCCUCGUGAUUGCUUGAUGCUUGACCUACACAAUCUCUGAAGAGGAAAAAGCAUCCGCUGCAUUUAGUGUGGCGUAUGGAAAAGUUAAAUUAAGUGCAAAUAUCUUUCUUGUAUUGACCUUUGAAAAGUGGACCUACUUGUAUUGUCUUAAGGUACAUUAGUUACAAGGUUACAUUGGUUACAAGGUUACAUUUAACUUGAGGAAAAGUGGUCCUAUUUGUAUUAUUUUAAGGUUAUUCAAGGUUCAUGUUUCAAGCUUAUUUCAUACAUUAAAUACUUCUUAACGACAUAGGGAGUGAAGUUAUGGAUUUUGUUUUUAUAUCACUAAUUACAUACAACCCUACUGCAGUAUCAGUCUACUUCAGACUCAUUGAUACAGUGUCAAAAUAUGUAUGUAUGUAUAUAUAUAUAUAUAUAUAUAUAUGUACUACGAAAAUAUGAAAUAAAAAAAUAAAAUAAAACAUGUAAAUUAGUUCCUUUCAUUUUUUUUGAGAAAGGUGAUGAUAUCGAACAGUGUUCAAUCUCAUUACUCUUAUAAGCAAUACAAAAUGGAACAUUGGG